AUGGAGACUAGUCCAGCGUUCCUCAGAUAUGCGAGUCCCAAUGAGAUGCGGACGAUAGCCCGCGAGGAUGUUGGAUAUUAUCACGCUGUAGUUAUUGGCGCAGUGUACGAAUUUACCGAAGAGAUCAACAUCAAGUCUCCGUCCACAUACUUCCACGCUCUUAGACGGUGCAUUGAAGAGCAUCCCUUCUUCUGUGUUACCGUUGGUGACAGAAACACCGAAAAAGCUUACUAUGAGCGCGUGCCAAGCAUCAAUUUUGAGGAACAUAUCUCCAUUGUCCAAGACCCAGAGAUUGGGACCGACCACUUGGAAGCUAUUGGAAGAUCAGUCGAACCAGAGUUGGACCGUCCAUUUGUCUCGGGCAUCCCUCCUUGGAGAAUCGUGGUCCUUCCUCUGAGUCCAACCCAGUGCCAUCUCGCCUUCGCUUUCUCACACUCUAUCAGCGAUGGAAUCGCUGGAGUAGCUUUCCAUAAAUCCUUUUUGGAGGGGUUGAGAGAGACACCCGCAACUGAUCCAUCGUCUACCAUUGCGCCACCAAAGAAACCUUUACCUGAACCAUUCGACACUCCUGAGAGACUCACGAUCUCGUGGUCGUACUUGCUAGCACCCUUUCUUGCCCAAUACAUGCCAUACUUCCUUGUCAAAAUGCUCGGCAUCCGUGUCUCAGCCUCUUAUGUCAAUAAGGGGACGUGGACGGCGGGGCCUAUCUUUUUUGACGCCAAAACAAACCAGAAUAAGCUCAAGAUCAGACAGAUUGAAGCGUCCCAGGUCAACAAAGUUGUGCAGCUUGCAAGGGCUCACGAUGCUAGAUUGACGGCAAUCUUUGAGCAGAUUUUCGUCCGCGCACUAAGUAAGGCCGUUAAAGACAACAACGUCACGAACUUUGUGGGCCAAACAGCGAUAAAUAUGAGAAACUCAAUCGGAAUGUCCAAUGACGUGGCGACUGAGGCAGUAUCUGGCUGUUAUACUAUUCACGCCCGCAGCGAAGCGACUGGUCCUUUGACAGAACUGGAAUGGAAAUCAGCGAGGGAAGCCACCAAAGAAUUCGCAAACGCUGCGGUGAAACUUGACGACAACCCCAUCGGUCUGUUACGAUACGUCUCCAGCAUAAGAGGAUGGACUCUUGGCAAGAUUGGCAAGAAGCGGGACUCUUCAUACGGACUCAGCAAUGUGGGCGUUUUUGACAGAGAUGGUAGUAAUAUGGUGGGAAAAAACAAGGUCAGGGUGACCAAAAUGACCUUUGCGCAGCCUGGCCAAGUUGGAGGGUGCCCGAUUUCCAUUAACGUAGCAUCAGUCAAGGGAGGUCAUUUGGUAUAUACCGUUACGUGGCAGUCCGGCGCUCUGGGGCUUGGUGGUGAUGAGGACGAGAUCGUGAAUGAGAUCUGCGAUAACCUCGCGCAGGGAUUCAACGAUAUUGCUUAA